UCUCGCGUUGACUGGGACUCAUCUGGACAUGCUCUUGAACUAAUCUGUAGGAAGCUCAGCUGUCUGUGCUCGGCUGGUGGUGGAAGUGUACCGAAAAAAGAAACAAGAUAAUCAUGUCAGCGCUGAGUGGGAAGGUCCAGACCGUCCUGGGUCUGCUGGAUCCAGACCAGCUGGGCCGGACCAUGACCCAUGAGCACCUGAGCAUGAGCUUCGAGUGCUGCUACUUCCCCCCUCCACCAGGGGAUGAGGCCGUGGCAGAGAACCCAUUCCAGAUACAGCACAUGCACUGGCUGAGACAGAACCAGUACAGCAGCCACGAGAACCUGCUGCUGCAUCAGGAGGCCAGCGCCGUGCGGGACGAGCUGCUGGCCUACAGGAAGGCCGGCGGGGGCACCAUAGUGGAGAACACCACAACUGGCAUCGAAAGGGAUCUGCCCACCCUGCGACAGCUGGCCAAGGACACCGGGGUCCACAUCAUCGCAGGAGCUGGCUACUAUGUGGACUGCACACACACUGAGGCCACCAAGAAGAUGAGUGUGGAGAAGCUCACAGACAUCAUCGUCAGCGAGGUGCUCCACGGCGCUGAUGGCACAGACAUCCGAUGUGGCGUGAUCGGUGAAAUCGGCACCAGCUGGCCCAUCACAGAGAGCGAGGCCAAGGUGCUGAGGGCCACAGCUCAGGCUCAGGCUCAGCUGGGCUGUCCAGUUAUCAUCCAUCCUGGCAGGGACGCUGCAGCUCCAGCUGAAGUCGUUCGGAUUCUCCAGGAGGCCGGCGGUGACAUCAGCAAAACUGUCAUGUCUCACCUGGACAGGACUUUAUUCGAAGACGGGGAGCUGCUUGAGUUUGCUAAGCUGGGAAGUUACCUGGAGUAUGAUCUGUUUGGAGUGGAGAUGCUGAUCUACCCGUAUAAGCUGGACGUAGACAUGCCCAGCGACUGCCAGAGAGUGAAGGCCUUGGCGUUGCUGGUGAAGGAGGGCUACGAGGACAAGAUUGUGAUCGCACACGACAUCCACACCAAAAACCGUCUGACCAAGUACGGCGGCCACGGCUACUCUCACAUCCUGAAGAACAUCGUGCCGAAGAUGCUGAUGAGGGGCAUCUCACAGCACCAGGUGGAUAAGAUCCUUAUCGACAACCCUAAACGCUGGUUGACCUUCAAAUAAAUCCAAAAACAAAAGAUGUUACACAAGGAAUGUAGCCAAUACGUUAUCUUCAGAUCAUGGCUCCAUACCCAACAAUGAACACUAGAAGAUCUUUGCAAUAACCACAAUUUAAAUUCAUUUAUUAAUGUGCUUUAGAACCUUUAUACCAACAAGUUCAGAGUUAGUCUGUAAUUAGUCUUUAAUUUCAGUCUUCUUAAAUUUUUCAGCGGAGCUGAUGUUUCAUGACUUCAUCUUUUGAAAGGAAAAGGAUCACAGGCUGUAGUUUCUUCCAGCUGAAAGCGUUUUUAUAGAUAUUCUUAUUGAUUAAAACCUAAUUUUAUAUUUGUAAUUAUACAUUAUUAACUUUGUACGCAAAUGAUAUGAAGGAGCCUUGCAGGAUCACAGUGCCUCUCAUUAAGCCGCCUUGUUUUAGCCCCAUUUAUGCCACGGAAAAAAUCGUUUGUUUGCAGAAUGUGAUUACAGUCGAGGAUAAAUAUUUCCAAUCUCCACAGGUUCUCUGCAGCGGUGCUCACAACUGUGGUGCUAAUUGAUUUUUUAAUUUCAAUGUCAAUGUCAUAGCCACUUUAUUUGUGUUUGUAAGUGACAUUUCUGCAAACACGUUGUAUGGGAGGGGAAAUAAUGAGCAUGUCGGUAAUCAGUAUGCUACUCUGCUCUUGACACAAUGCGGCUGUGUUAGAUGAGUUGUCCUGUUGCCCCUCACUGGGUGUCUGUGUGUCUAUGGGAGGCUGAGUGUCUGGCAGGCCCAAAUGAAGGACAUGUUCUCCUCUCAUCUGGGAACAGGUGGCCUCACAGGGUGACUUCACCACAUGAUCAAUGGCACGAUCGCCACAGCUGACUGUGCGAGCCGCAAACAGCUAUACAACUUUGAUUAAUUUUCAGAGAGGAUUACAAAGCGAGGCGCAGGAUUUAAUUUGGCAUUACAUUUUAAGCGGCGGUCCUCUUUGGAGGGGCGUAAUAAUCAGCGAGCAGAUUGAUGAAUGUUGUCGAGCUGGAGGAAACAUAUCUGUUAGCGUGGCCGGCCAGUUUUGUGAUGGUGACUAACCACCAGACCACCCUGUCGCCCCAACCAGAUGUCAUGUUGACACACACAAGAAAAAUGAUCCAUUUUGUGAUAGCGAGCAUCAGAAGGGCCCUUUACAGAAUGUUUGUUUCUCUUUAAAGUCUCUUUAUGCUGCACAGUGUUAAAAUAUCAACUUUUAUAGACAUGCAUAACUACAGCUUUGAACACUUUCACCCAGAAUGCAACAACUAUGACAUAUUUUUGGAAAAUAAAGCACACAAGGGGACGAACAACACUGUCAACAGAGUAUGUGAGUACAAUAUCAGCAUCUAUAAUUGAUCGCUAAGGGUCAAUACAUUGAACUCUCAAUCUAAAGUCACUCAGCUUAUGUUACCACAGCAGCUACAGUUUGUUUGACAUAUGAGCAAACUUAAUUUGCAAAGCCUAACAGUUCAUUCAGGGUGCACAAGCGACACUAAUCAACCUGACAUGAGUACAACUCAGUGCGGUACAAAAUAAAAUUCAUUAUUGUUUUCCUGUAGUUACAUUGUCAGCUUGUCAUAUUGCAAGGUGCUGUUUUCUUUUUUGCAUGACUUCCUCCACAUCUCCCUUGAUUCUUUUGAAAUACAGAAACGGUGAGCUCUGUCUCUAAUAAUCCGGCUGACAUUGAACUGAGCACGAGCAGUGAAGCAAACUAAAUGUAGAGCAGCUCUUUCUCCCCUCAGCUGAGCCCCUCCGUGUUUCAAUCAGCGUACAACAUGAAGCCGGAGAAGGUGCUGUACUUGUUGUUGUUGCCCCCAUGCG